AGAAAAGUGACAUAUCCAAUUAAAAAAGUCAAGAUUCUUCAUAAAUGUAGGCCAAACUGUAUUCUGUUACAUGUAUUCUUUUUACAUGAAGUGAAUAUUUACCCAUUUUUAUAUAUAAUUUUAUUUAGUCUGAGCUGAUGAUGCCACUGGACCAGGGGCGGACUGACCAUUUGGAAACUCGGGCACUGCCCGAGGGCCCUGGGGUCAGUAGGGGGCCCCAUGAGAUGCCCCUGGUACCUUUUUCAUAGGCUUUUGUGAGUUUGGGCAAGGACACAGGGGCCCCAUGAUCCCCUAUUGCCCGGGGGCCCCAU